UACACCAUCCCCCUUAAUCAUACUUCAUCACUACCAACAACUAUACACUACUCUCACUAAAACUCUUUCUCAAAAUAAUAUAUUAGAGUGGACAAAAUCCCUUAUAUACUUUUCAGAACAUGGCUCAAAAAAGAGCUUGGGGUUUGUGACAACAAACUAACCUCUUUUCUUUCUUUCACUUGCAACAACAUUUGCGUUUGUGGGGCUAAAAAUAAAACGACCAAAACAUCUUUAAUCUCUUCACUCAUCACACUCUCCCACGCUUUGCAGAACCAUCAACCAGCUCUCUCUUACUCUCAACCAAAGUGGUAUUGCUCUAGUGGACAGGGAAUCUUGAGAGAUUGAAAUUGCAGGUUUGUUUCUUUCUGGGAUCAGCAGCAAGUGGCAGAGCUAUCAGAAAAUUCAGAUGAAGCUCAACAAGAAGAAACACCAAUUUAGAGUUAGAAAGGAACCAAAUCCAAAGAGUACUAUCCACAACAAAAACCUAUAACAAACCCAAACCCCAAUUUCAAGAAGGGAAAAAUAAUCUGAAUUCCCAUCACCAAAAUUUUGAGCACAAAACACCCCAUAUAUGAUAUAUGAAAUAGGCUCAGAGACAGAACAGAAGAAGAACCUUGUUUGAAUCAAACCACAGAGCAUAUAAAAGUGGUGUGUUAUUAUGGGAAUGAAGAGCACUGGGGGAGAGAUUGUUCAAGUCCAAGGUGGUCACAUUGUUCGAUCCACCGGCCGGAAAGAUCGACACAGCAAGGUUUACACGGCGAAAGGGCCGCGUGACCGUCGAGUUAGGCUCUCGGCACACACUGCAAUCCAAUUCUAUGAUGUCCAAGACAGGCUUGGUUAUGACAGGCCAAGCAAGGCAGUGGACUGGCUUAUCAAGAAGGCCAAAGCAGCCAUCGACAAACUCGCCGAGCUCCCUCCUUGGGAGCCUACACCUCCUCCUCCCACUACCAAUGAGGUGGAGGAGGAUCAGAAUGGAGGAUCAACUGACAUGGCAAUUGCAGAACAAUCAGAGUCUUCUGGUUACAAUUUUCAGCUUCAAAGGCAACUUGGUGAAGACCCUGAAAACCAACACCACCACUCAGCAUUCAUUCCUUCACCUAUUGACACUGAUGGUGGCAUAGCAUUUUUCCCAACAACGUCUGCUGCUUCCUCCAUCAAUUUCCAGAGCUACCCUCCUGAGAUAAUCUCAAGGACCAACAACUCCUCAGAGGAUCUUGGACUUUCCCUUCAUUCUUUCCAAGAUUCUGGCCUAAUUCAUCAUCAUGGACAGUCACAACAAGGAGGUGGUGCAGAUCAUCAAAACCCUUCUUCAAAUGACCAAACUCUCUUUGCUAACUACCAGAGAAUGGUGGCCUGGAACAGUGAUGCCGGAGGCACGCAAGCCGACAUGAACCGUUCCGGUUUCAUGGUGAAUUCACCUGGUUUUUCUUCUGCUUUUUCUCAUCAUCAACAAAGGGGUACCCUUCAGUCCAGUUUCUCACCAUCACUUCGCCCUUGGAGUGAGAUUCCUCAAAUGGCUUCUUCUAACGAGCAUCACAGCCAUGGUGUUGGCUCUGACAGGCCUUCAUCUUCUGCUUCUCCUAAUUCACAUCACUGACACCAAAAGCAUUGAACUUCACAAUGGUGCAGUGUUCCCUAUCUAUCGGUAUCAGGAGCAAUGUCUAACUAGAUUUGCAAUCUUGGGGGAAGAUUAAGAUGAUGGGCACAUUUUGAUCAUCUACAAGACUUUCAAAUUUGUCUGGUUGGAUUCAACUUCCUUUUUUUUUAUGGCUUUCUUUUCUUUCCCUUAUUGCAGGCCAAUUACACUGGUGUUUUCCCCCCUUCUAUAUAAUUAAUAGGGGGUUCCUUCAAAAGUUGUUUGAUAAAUUUGUGUAAUUAAAUCUUUAUGAAACUUUGCUCAAUUAAUAUAGGGCUUUGAGGUGGAUUCCUUGGUCAUUUAUAGCUCUCAUUGCUUGUUAGUGUUGAGAAUAGAGUAGUUCAAGAGGAAAAGAUUCUGGUUUGGUUUUGAUU